AUGAGAUUCCACGAUACUGCUGCGUUCAGGAGGUAUGUGCGCAUGUCUCCUGAACAAUUCGACUAUCUGCUGAGCCUCGUCAAGCACAGACUGGAGAAGCACCCCCAGGGUCGUCGAGCUUUGGAACCUGCACACAGACUGGCCAUCACACUGAGGCAAGUUUGUGUCCCACACUGUGAAGAAGAGGCAAUUUUUCUUCCUGCAUGUAUAGAUGUGGUGAUGAUCCAUUGCAUUGUGGACUCAUGCGGGUACCUGGCGUCCGGCAGUUACCUCAGCAGUGUUGCAUACAGCUUCCGGAUUGGCUUCACGACAAUCAAAAGGAUUGUGUAUGAGACAUGCACGGCGCUGUGGGAAGAGCUGAUGCCAAUCUACCUUCCCGAAUGGCAAUUUUCAGACCGGUGGCUAAUUGUUGCUACUUCACAGAACCCGUCACCAGAUGUGUGGGCCCAGUCAGCGAAGCAGUUUGAGGAAAGAUGGUCCUUCCCAAACUGCAUUGGGGCUGUGGACGGAAAACAUAUCAUCAUUGAAGCCCCACACCGUGCAGGGUCCAUGUUUUACAACUACAAGGUGGGCUCCCACUCCAUCGUCCUAAUGGCCGUAGCCGAUGCAAAGUACAAGUUUUUGUAUGCGGACAUCGGGGCAUAUGGGUCCCAGUCUGACGGCGGGGUUUUUAAAUCCUGCUCGUUGGGCAAAGACCUCGAAGCUGGUCGCCUCGGACUCCCAGCAGCAAGGAGGCUUCCUGGUUCGUCCUUGGAGGCCCCUUACGUUUUUGUGAGAGACGAGGCCUUUCAGCUGCGCCCUGACUUCUUGCGGCCCUUUCCAGGUGCCGACCUCAAUGACACCAAGCGUGUGUACAACAUACGGCUGUCACAUGCUAGGCGGUGUGUAGAGAAUGCCUUUGGCAUCCUCGCAUCACGGUGGCGGAUAUUCAGGUGA